GAACGUCAAACCGCAUACAAAGAAUCAACCCCACGCCGUCGACUUUCGAAUUUCGAAGCUAUCAAAGCCUCAGAUCUUACCCAUUACCUCGCAUAUAUCCAAAAAUCGACGAAAAUGGCACCACCUGUCCCCAAACCCGGCCCAGCGAAGCUAUCUAAGAAUGCGGCGCUACCAGAAUGGCUGGAGCAGGCCAAACUAUGCCGAUACUUGCCAGAGAGUGUGAUGAAGCAGCUAUGUGAGAUUGUAAAAGAGUGUUUAAUGGAGGGUGAGUGGUUCUCUGUGUGAUCUGUGCUUGCCUGGAAGCAUCCGGCGCUGACUUGCCCUAUGAAGAGUCAAAUAUUCAGCCCGUUACAACGCCAGUGACCAUUUGUGGAGAUAUCCAUGGCCAAUUCUACGAUAUCCUCGAGUUAUUUCGUAUCGCAGGUGGCAUGCCAGGCGAGGAGAACGUACAAGCGCCUCUCACAAAGUCUACCGCGAUAUCCUCUGAUGACAUCGAACCCCCCACCGAGAUUACGGAUCCUAAAUUAAAGAGAAAGAUUCGCAGUGGUGAUAGUGGUAUCGAGAGCGCAAGUGGGGAGGAUGAUGAUCAGGAAGAAUUUCGAGGUCGACCGAGAACUGCUGGACAAUCUAGUCGUGGUGGAAGCACUGGUGGUGAUUCAGCUAUUGGCGGUGUAAAUGAAGUUUCCGGCAACGGGAACCAAAAUUUCAUUUUCCUUGGUGAUUUUGUCGAUCGUGGAUACUUCAGUUUGGAAACCUUUACCUUACUGAUGUGUUUGAAGGCCAUGUCAGUAGCUGAACAGCUUGCAUUGAUACCCCACUAACAUUUCCGAAGGUACCCAGAUAAAAUCACACUGGUUCGCGGGAAUCACGAAUCCCGUCAAAUCACUCAGGUCUACGGUUUCUACGAAGAAUGUCAACAGAAGUACGGCAAUGCCUCAGUGUGGAAGUCUUGCUGUCAAGUUUUUGAUUUCCUCGUUCUGGCAGCUAUUGUUGAUGGAGAAGUUCUUUGUGUUCACGGUGGCUUGAGUCCUGAAAUCCGCACAGUUGAUCAAAUCCGUGUUGUCGCUAGAGCCCAGGAAAUCCCUCAUGAAGGAGCCUUCUGUGAUUUGGUUUGGAGUGAUCCAGAGGACGUUGAUACUUGGGCAGUUUCCCCUCGGGGUGCUGGUUGGCUAUUCGGAGACAAGGUUGCUACAGAGUUCAAUCAUGUCAAUGGUUUGAAACUGAUCGCUCGUGCUCAUCAACUUGUCAAUGAAGGAUACAAGGUAAAUAAUCUCACUUCUGCUUGAAAUUAUUUACCUAAUAUGACCUAGUAUCACUUUUCACAAAAAUCAGUAGUCACUGUCUGGUCGGCACCAAACUACUGCUACAGAUGCGGUAAUGUGGCGUCCAUCAUGAACGUCGGCGAAGACCUGAACCCCAAAUUCAGCAUCUUCAGUGCCGUUCCUGAAGAUCAACGAGCCGUCCCAGCCGGCCGUCGUGGCGCUGGUGAGUAUUUCCUGUGAUUGGUUACCUUGUAGAUGGAAAAAGAUACCCAAACCUGGCGUUCGUGGUUUUCAUGGUUGUUCAUGAUUGUUGUUUGCAUAUAUGGGACUUGGGCGUUUGUUACGACUUGGGAUGAAAAAUGUACAUCACGAAACGGGGAACGUUUUUGGAAUUGUGGGCUAAAUGUAGUAUAACCACAUAUUACAGUACGGGAGGUUAUUAAUUACAAAUUCUAUCGAAAAUGCUCCUGAGAAGGAAGCUUGGUUUCGAUCUUUUAACCUGGAUUGAUUUAACUGCUCGUAAUUUCCAGUUUACGGAUCCAAUUCUCGAUGAAAAGGACGAGUCAAUUUUGAGCAGCCAAUCCAGUGGCAAUAGAUAUGUAUUUUGUGCGUUCUAGUUGAGUCCGUGUAGCGUACUCUUAAGGGAUGUCGUGAAAAUGAGGGGCCCUACUAAAAAGUGCCCCUAUAACAUUUGGCGGGGUUCAGGCUACUUACCCACUUCCGAUCUCGGUCAUAAUCUUGCAAAUUGUCAACCCUUCGACAAACCUCUGAAUACCUGAUUUAUUCUUGCAUUUCCUCUGCGAUUUCUUCAAAUAAUUUGAUACGAUGACUUCAGCCACCCAAGUCGGACUCAAUACUCCAGCAGGAAAGGCUGAAAAGCCUGAAGAUACCACUCACACCCCAUCGCAAAGGUAUCUUUCCACCAGAGGGGGCUCCUAUGGAGUACGACUGCGCAUUUUCUUUCACUUCUCAGCACUGUAUUGCUAACUUGUAGCAGCUAUCAUUCGAAGAAGUUGUAUUGAAAGGUCUAGCAUCGGACGGCGGACUUUUCAUCCCAGAAACAAUACCCUCACUUCCCAGCGACUGGGAAUCAAAAUGGCAGAACCUUUCCUUCCCAGAACUCGCCCACGAAAUCCUCUCCCUUUACAUCUCAACCUCCGAAAUCCCAUCUGCGGACUUGAAAGAUAUCCUCGGUCGAAGUUAUGCCACGUUUCGCGCACCGGAAACGACCCCACUGGUCACAUUGAAUGAGAAGGAUAAUUUAUACCUACUCGAACUCUUCCACGGUCCAACGUUUGCCUUUAAAGAUGUCGCUUUACAGACACUGGGAAACUUGUUUGAGUACUUUUUAGUGCGACGGAAUAAGGGGAAGACUGGAAAGGAUAGACAUCAUCUUUCAGUGGUAGGCGCAACGAGUGGUGAUACUGGGUCCGCUGCGAUUUACGGUCUACGAGGAAAGAAGGAUGUUUCUGUCUUCAUACUAUUCCCAAAAGGAAGAGUUAGUCCUAUACAAGAGGCGCAAAUGACUACGGUUUUAGAUGCCAACGUACACUGCUUGGCUGUAGAGGGGUUCUUUGAUGAUUGCCAGGUGAGUCAUGGCCAUACUAUUGCGCAACAUCGAUCAUUGCUAAUUUUCAUAGGAUACAGUAAAAGCGCUCUUCGCAGACCCAGAAAUUAACGAGAAGCUCAACCUCGGAGCUGUCAAUUCCAUAAAUUGGGCUCGAAUUCUCGCUCAGAUAACAUACUACUUUCACUCCUAUUUCUCGCUCAAAAAGUCGCCGACAUACAAGGCAGAUCAUAAAGUUAGAUUCGUGGUUCCUACCGGAAACUUUGGCGAUAUUCUAGCAGGAUACUUUGCCAAGCGCAUGGGUCUUCCAGUCGAGAAACUUGUAGUCGCAACAAACGAAAAUGACAUCUUGGACCGAUUCUGGAAGACUGGACACUAUGAAAAGAAGCCAGAGCACGGCGUAAAAGCAGAAGGCGGACUCGCGGAAGAUGGGGCAAAAGCACACGAAGUUGGUGUCCGAGAAACCCUGAGUCCAGCAAUGGAUAUUCUAGUUUCCAGCAAUUUCGAACGGCUACUAUGGUUCCUGGCGUACGAAUACGCAGCCGGAGCAAACAUGAACGAGGAAUGGACGAAGCAGCAAGCCGGUCAAGAAGUAGAGUCCUGGUUAAAAGCCCUCAAAACAAAAGGUGGAUUCGGAGUCAAUGCUGAAAUUCUAUCAUUGGCGAAGAGAGACUUCGAAAGUGAAAGAGUCAGUGAUGAACAAACUGUUACUACAAUCAAAGAAUUCUAUUCUUCCCCUCCUGCGGGGUCCAAAGAAUAUGUUCUAGAUCCCCAUUCGGCUAUUGGUGUUGCUGCCUCUUUACGAUCGAUUCAAAGGACUACACCAGCUGAUACUCAUCACAUCUCUCUGAGUACUGCGCAUCCCGCGAAGUUUGCUGGCGCUGUUGAUUUGGCGUUGAAAAGUGAGAAGGGAUUCACAUUCGACUCGGUACUUCCUAAGGAGUUUGUAGGAUUGGAGAGUAAGGAGAGGAAGGUACUGAAUGUUACUAAAGGUUCAGGGUGGGAGGGGGUUAGAAAGGUUGUGGUGGAUGAGGUGGAGGCUGAGUUGAGUGCAGCUUUGUAGGUGCUGAUGGAUUUCUUUUCUGUAAUUGGAGUAUUGGGCUGGGCUUUGGCGGUUUAGAUGAAAUGAAUGAGAUGAGAUUGUGUUUCUUUGCACGUUCUAA